GGAAGCGGCGCAGCACCAUGUCCGCCUUCGCUCUGGAGGAAACGCUGGAGGCCGACUGGGUGGCCGUCAGGCCGCACGCCUUCCAGGAGCGGGAGAAGCACAAAUUCGCCUUCAUUGUGGCCUGGAACGAGAUCGAGGGCAAGUUCGCCAUCACCUGCCACAACCGCACGGCGCAGCGCCAGCGCAGCGGAUCCCGCGAGCUCCGCCGCGGCGGCUCUGCCAGCGCCGAGCCCAGGGCCGGCCACAAGGCCGGCAGCCCCACGGCGCGGAGAGACGCCGGCCUGCCGCGGGUCUCCUCGUAUCUCCGUGCCGAGGCGGGACUGCGGGCGGCCGAGCGGGGCGCGGCGGCAGAGGCGCUGCCGAAGAGCCCGGGGCGUGCCAAGAGCAGCCCGGCCCGGAGGCCGCAGCGGGGCCCUGAGGCGGCAGGUGCUGCCGAAGAGAUAGAAGUCCUGGAGCUGGGGAAGGAGGAGGCGGCCGCCGCUCUGUCUUUGCCUCCCUCGCCGCUGCAGGCAGCCGAAUCGACCGCUCCCGACGCGGAGCCUACGGGGGAGGAGUGCAGCUGGGCCGGCCUCUUCUCCUUCCAAGACUUGCGGGCUGUGCACCAGCAGCUGUGCUCGGUGAACUCGGAGCUGGAGCCCUACCUGCCUGCCUUCCCCGAGGAGCCCUCGGGCAUGUGGACGGUGCUCUUCGGAGCUCCAGAGCUAUCCGAGCAGGAGAUGGACGCUCUCUGCUACAAACUGCAGGUUUACUUGGUCCACAGCUUGGAUACCUGCGGAUGGAAGAUCCUUUCUCAGGUGCUCUUCACCGAGACUGACGACCCUGAAGAGUAUUAUGAGAGCCUGAGUGAGCUGCGACAGAAGGGAUAUGAGGAGGUGCUGCAGCGGGCCCGCAAGAGAAUCCAAGAGCUUCUGGAAAAACAUAAGAACACAGAAAGCAUGGUAGAACUGCUUGAACUCUAUCAAAUGGAAGAUGAAGCUUACAGUAAUCUUGCAGAAGCUACCACGGAGCUUUACCAGUACUUGCUACAGCCUUUCCGAGAUAUGAGGGAACUUGCAAUGCUUAGAAGACAGCAGAUAAAGAUCUCUAUAGACAAUGACUACCUAGGCCCCAGAAGAAUUGAGAGUCUGCAAAAAGAAGAUGCUGAUUGGCAGAGAAAAGCCCACAUGGCCGUGCUUUCUAUUCAAGAUCUUACCGUUAAAUACUUUGAAAUAACAGCUAAAACCCAGAAAGCUGUGUAUGAUCGAAUGCGAGCAGACCAGAAAAAAUUUGGUAAGGCAGCAUGGGCAGCAGCAGUGGAACGUAUGGAAAAGCUUCAGUAUGCAGUUUCUAAGGAGACUUUGCAGUUGAUGCGGGCUAAAGAAAUCUGUUUGGAGCAGAAGAAACAUGCACUGAAAGAGGAGAUGCAGAGCCUGAAAGGUGGUACAGAAGCCAUAGCCCAUUUGGACCAGUUAGAAGCUGAUUAUUACGAUCUACAGCUUCAAUUAUAUGAAGUACAGUUUGAGAUCUUGAAAUGUGAAGAGCUGCUGCUGACAGCACAACUUGAAAGCAUAAGAAGACUGAUGUCAGAGAAGAGAGAUGAAGUAGUAUAUUAUGACACUUACGAAAGUAUGGAAGCCAUGCUUGAAAAGGAAGAUACAGCAACAUCUAUACACUUGCAAAAAGAGGAGCUGCAAAAGUUACAACAAAAAAUCCGCCAGCUCGAAGCAAGGCGUGGACGUAUUUCAGCCAAGAAAGCCUACCUCAGAAAUAAGAAGGAGAUCUGUAUUGCAAAGCAUAAUGAAAAGAUACAACAGCGUCAUCAGAGUGAAGAGGAACACAAAAUGCACCAUACUGUUCAGCUAAAGCGAGAUCAGUUACAAGAUGAAGAGGAACGAAAAAGCUCCUGGGUUAGUCAGGAACGACAGAAAACACUAGACAGACUUCGCACAUUUAAACAGCGGUACCCUGGACAAGUAAUACUGAAAUCAACCAGACUACGGCUGGCUCAUGCAAGAAGAAAAUGUGCAGCUGCCUCAGUGUCUUGUGUUGAUGAGCCUCAAUCUUUGCCAGCAACCAUAGAAACCCAUGAGAAGAGCAAGGAGGUGGAAUUGGAAAAUGUAGCUCAGCCUUUGCAAGUGCAGGAAUCCACAAGCUUAGAACAAGUUCAAGAUCUUUUGUUACCUCCCAAUGGUGUUACCUCUGAACUGACUCAUGUUAGCGCUUCUCCUCUCACCAAUAAUGAGCUUCAACCAGAGACUGUAUCUGUAGCACCGCUUCCACCCCCUUUGCCUCCUCCUCCUCCACCUCCACCUUUGCCCUCCAAGGAAGAUGCCACCAAAUCCUUAGAGAAGAGUGACAGCUUUGUUAAACGUCAGAGUGUGGAGAAGGCAGUCCAGCACUCUUCUGGUGUCCCACCAGCACAUCUGUUUGACAGCAGUCAGCUAGUCAGUGCCAAGAAGAAGCUUAAGAAGACUGGUGAUCUAGAGGGUUUACAGAGAAGGAGAGUGAGUUCCCCGAUGGAUGAAGUGCUGGCUUCCUUGAAACGUGGCAGCUUUCACUUAAGAAAAGUUGAGCAGAGAAGUCUCCCUCCUUUCCCUGAUGAAGAUGAUAGCAAUAACAUCUUGGCACAGAUCAGGAAAGGGGUGAAACUGAAGAAAGUGCAGAAAGAUGUUUUGAGAGAAUCCUUUACAAUUCUGCCUGAUACUGACCCUCUGACAAGGAGCAUCCAUGAAGCAUUGCGACGAAUUAAGGAAGCAUCACCUGAAUCAGAGGACGAAGAUGAGAAUUUACCUUGCACAGACUGGGAAAAUUAACCUGUGACUUACAGCCGCUGACUUGAGGAAAGAAACUGCAGUGGAAGAAUACUUUUCCUCUUCAUUUCUGAAAACUCAGAGCCAGCAGUUAUGACCAUCAAUUGCACAGGAGGCUUUCUAUGGCAAGGAAAUAGUCUUUCUUUGACAAAAGAUUCAAUGUAUGGAAAAAAUGGCCUGAUAUGUUAAUUUGGGGAUCACUUUUUUUCUUUAAUUUGUUCAAAAAAAAUUAUAGUUUGGGCAGAGAGCUAAAUUGUUUAGAUACGCAUUUUAUAUAAUCAAGAAUGCCCGAUUCUUAAGCACUUUUUAUAUUUGUGUUAGUAGUGUGUGGCCAGUUAAGUGAGGGGGGCAUUUUGAGCUGGGAGAAUACUUGCUGUCAGAGUAACUUUGGGAUUUGUCCGAGCCAUGAAACCAGCUAUAAAAUGUCCCCUUUACUGCACUGAAUAUAUCAUCUGCUUGAAAAUCCAACUAAAUAGCUGCUUGCAGAGAAGCUUGCUGGGUAGCAGUGUGAUACUCAGGAAAGUGCAGAAUUCCUAGUUGCACUACGGUAGCUGAAAUUCAGUAUCACGCAACGAAGAUGUUUUUUCUUCUUAGUUUGAAUAAGUGUAUGUCAGCAUGGAAAGUAAGAGGUGACCACAGCACAGUAAGAGUUGAAUUCAGUACGUAUUCAAGAACGUGUUUGCUUCUAGCAUGGUACAUAGUAAGACAUACUGCAGCAGCUUUUUAGAAGGUCAUUUGUAGUCUGACACCUUUUUAAAGUAGACAUUUUCAUGCUUUUAAAAAAUAAUAUUUAGCUACGCUGAACUGAGUUAGUUAUACUUUUAUCAUUUAUUGUAAGAAGCAAUAUUUUGUAAUUUCAUACUUAAAAUUCUUUUUCUCUUUUUGUUUAAAAUAGAUUUUGAUUAUGCUAAGCAGCCUUCUUUGGAAAAGAUAAAAUCAUUUAAACAUGCUGAUAAUUCAGCAGCCGUGAAAACCGUGGUUCUCUUGCUGGUUUUCAUUGUUCCCUUUAGUGGCUGCAAAAAUGUUUGUAUUUUGUACCCAAAAGCCUACUGGCUGUGGGGGAGCGAAAAAAAAAUAGUUCCCUUUGAUCUUGACUCAUUUUUUAAAGGAGAAUUACAAUUUCCUCUGCCAUGAAUACUUAGAAAUAAUCCUAAACUUCAUGACUAAUGGCUGCAGGCAGCUACUCUUAUACCACAGUUCUAAGAGGUAUGUCAGUAUGGAGAUACAAGUAGCCUUGUACCACCUAGAAACUACAUGUGGUAUUAAAGUUAAAAUUAUAAGAAAACUGAAUUUUCACUAGCAUUUUAUUUUUUACUAGCAUGACAUGCAAUGUGUUUGAGAAACACACAGUCUCUGUCCUUUGUGUAGUGUGGCCCAUUCAGUGCUCCUCUCGUGACAGACAAACUACUAUGGGGAUUUGAUUUUUUAAGUGGAGCUGCUGUCAUGAAUGGAACACAUACUGUGUUAAUGUCUAGAACAGGAGAUUUCAUGUCUUGCCAUUUACUUUUUUAAAGAGGCACGGGAGAACUUACAUUAGCGGUAGGCUACGUAACAUGAAGGAAGCUCAGCUAUUGGAUCCUUCAGUUGUUCUCCUUUGUUCUCCUGAAAUUAAAGCUUUGUCCAACAUCUCAAAAGGAUGUCUCUCUCUUUACCCUUGCUAUCAACACACAUUUUCUUAACCUUGUUGCCUUAUUUAUAAAUAAGUUAGCGAACAUUAAUUUUUCAAAGCACCUGUGAGCAGCAUUACUGUAGGGUUGUAUUGAUUUCGCUGUAUUAGUCAUCAGGUCCGUAUUUUUCUGUCCGGAGAUCAGCUCUGUGAAACACUUGAUACUGGCUUUCCAAGGACAUGACAUCUUCUCACACCGCUUCUCUGAACCCCAGGUCACAUGGUGUGGCUGCAGGCUGUCCAACAUUGUGCUCAUGUAGCAACAAUGGCGAUUUCAAAAUCAGUCAUUUGGCAUUGCCCACACCGUGACCUGUGGUGUAUUUUUUCUCUAUGUUUCCUGUACUUCCACUCACACCACUCAUUAGAACAGAGGAUAUCAAAUAUAUUUUUGACUGUAGCACAAAACAAAGUGAUGUAGAACGGUAAUUCAGAUGAUACAGUUCACCAGAAACUUUAACAGUUUAACAGUGGUGACUGAGCAACAUUUUUGUUCAUUUUUUCCAGCUUUCCAGCCUGCAGUUUUAUUCCUUAGAGUAUGCAUAUGGGACACUAGCAAAAUUCCAAGCUGAGGAAAAAUAGUGUAAUUUUAAAGUAUAGGUGCAGUGAUCCCCUUGGACAACAUUUGUGUCUGCAGUUUAUUAAUGUGUUGUGAUUUAUCUAAAUAGCUCCAUGCUGUACUGUACUACAAUUUUCAGAUUGGUUUGCCACAUGAUCUGUCAUCUUUGCCUUGAAAAAAUGUGUGCAUGAUUGAGAAAAAGUACUGUCCUUAAACUGUUUUAUAUUUAGCUUAAAUCUUAGAUUCCUGUAAUAGCUUAGUUUGUAGAAAUGAAGUUCUCAUAUAAACUUGUAUUUAAUGCGCACACGAAAAACGGUUGUUAUGCAGUUUAUAUCAGUUCAAAACUGCCAUCUUCAAUGUGGAAAAUAAAUGGGUUUUUUUCCAAAUACUGCUAAAAAAAUAAUUGAAAUUCCUGGAUUUUAAUCAUCCAUGAGUCACUAGGUGUCACAGUUUCACAUACUUCUCCACUGUGAACAGGCUAAUGCAUAAAACUUCCCAUCCUCUGUAAUGUGAAAUUUUGCAGUAGGAUGGCUAUAGCAGCAAAUGGGGAAAGUUUAAAACAAACUUAGGGAAAAUUGUGACUGCAUUGAGAUAGGCUCUUCCAUAGCUGAGAAAAGCUGUAGUAAUUAGGUUGAUCUUUGAGAAAUCAUAGCAAGCAUCACUAUGGAAUAAACACACAAACAUAUGCAAGGAAAGAGAGCUUCCAUAAAAAGACAUUUCUGCUUAUUGGUAUUUUUUGUUUGUGGCUGGACUUGGUUGUUGUGGCCACGUUGUUCUGUUGCUAGUCAUUUAGCUUGAGCAGUUUGUCAGCUUUCAGGCUUUUUCCAUUUUUAGAAACUAUUUUUUUUCUCGUUCAAAUUAAAACCGUGUCAGUAUAGUGUAGCUGAUCCAAUGAGGUAAGGAGUUGGAAUGCAAAAUGUUUCUUGUACAACAGCUUAUGUGAGGACUGAAAAAUCUUUUGUGAGUGGAAACAUGAAACUAAAGACUCAAUUUCUACUAAAAGAACCAAAAUGUAAGGUAAACAGCAGUAGUCUUUGGAUCAGAAACAGAGUUUACAUCAAUGUGAAUUUCACGCUCACAUUCACAGAGGUUCCAUAUCCUUUACAAAUGACCAUUAGUCUGAUUUUAUUCACUUUAUUGUGUUCUCGUAUGUUAGUUAAGUUACCUGUCUAGGGUAGAUGAAGGCUCUUUUAUUUUUAUUAAAAUCACUUUUAAGGUUUGGGGUAUUUUAAAUACCUGACACUCUACAUCCUAUACCAGACACCUGUAAAAUAAAUUAGUAUGAUUAUAUAUUGUGUUCUUUUGUGGCUGCAUUGGGGAUAGAAUUCAACAUACUUCACUACAUUAUUUGUAAAGAAUCAUUUUGAGUAUAAGCACUAUAUUCUGUAAUGUUUAAUAUUAAAGUAAUAACAAGUGCAUUAUUGAAGAUGCAACUUAUUGAGAGGGCAGAAACUUUUAUUGGUUAAUGUUACCCUUAUUCUGUUUGUUGCACUGAAUUUCAAGAGUGUAAUUUGUAAAUCGAGUUUGCUCACGUGUGUAAUCAGAUUUUAUUUUCCUUGUAAUGCUUAUGUAAUUAAAUUACCUGGAUGUAUUUCUGGUAAUGAGUCCAUAAGCAAGGACAAUAUGCUGUUAGGUUUAGCACUACAGAAUAACUGUUGAGAACAAGCAAAACUUUUUGCAAAGACAAGCAGUAAACAAGCACCUUACAGGGAGAGUGCGUUGCAUGAUUUCAGUGCUACUGGAGCUGACAGACACUAGGCCAUCCUAAACUUGGGCUGGAAAUUGCUCUUAGGGGUAAUAAGCACAUCAACAUACUGCUAUCAGUGCUGUAACAAGUAUAGCAAUGGCUAUUUUUAACCUAUAGAUAUACUGUAAUUUUUUUCCUACAAAAUAAAUUUAUAUUUAAUGCUGCCUAAUACAUAAAUACCUAAAACCAGAAUUUUUAGGAGGGUCAAGGGUGGGUGGGCAUGCCAUUAUAUUUUUGGGAGGGGCUGUUGUAUAUAGGAUUCUUUGCACUUCCUGUUGACUAUUAAUCCAAAACUCCUGUAUCUGACUGUGGUGAAUCUGCAACCUGACAGUUUCAUGUUUUUGUUGUGGUUCGGGUCAUCUGUGUUCUGUGGCCCAGAGCUUCAGAAUCUGACAGAGAAGGUCAUCUUUCCAUUCGCAAAUGUGAAUGCUCAGAUGUACCUCUGAUGUGGAAAAUGGCCAAGCGGUAAAUUUUACUCUGCUGAGUUGCUAAUAUUAAUGUAGAGUAUAAUUUAAAGCUGGUAUCUAAGGCUGUUAACCAGUUAGCAUGUCCAUUUGGAAUGAGUAAAAAGGAUGAUGGCUGCUUUGGUAAGUAUAGUCCAAACUCCGCAGAGAUUUUAUUCCAGAAACUGUCACCUAUUUGGAAAUUAGAUGGCUGUAGACUGGCUUGAUUUCCAGAUUUAGAAAUGUAUUUUUUAUUUCCAAGUUGGGAAAUAGGUGUUGGGGAUUAGGGAUACGCACUUAACAUCUCCCAGCAUGUUACUAUGGUUGCUAUAUGAAUCAGAUUUCAUCUUAAAUAUAAUCAUAUACAUCAUCAUAAAAUGAACACUUAAAAAAUACAGAUAGAUGCAGGUUGUCUUUGAUGAGUGAAGCUGGUGGAGUUUAAUGCAACUAACUUCUUUGUGAAGCUUGUUGAAUAAAUUGGAAGUAAUCAAAAGACAACAAAUUUGCCAUUCACUAGCUUUGUGCAAUACUGUCGGUAGACUCAAACACUACUAGCAUAUUGUAUUUGGCUUUCAAGAAAGUUCUUUAACUCCAUUAUAUUCAAAAGGAUGUACUAAGUGCAUAUUUUACUGUAAAUGACUCUGCAGAUUUACCAUGCCUAAAACAGCUCAAUGCUAUAAAGUAUUAAGCAACAAGUAUGUUUUUAAAAAGGUAAAAGAACUAAACAAACAUUUCUAGCAAUACCUAAAAGCUAAAAUCAGUUUUAACUGUCUGCUUUUUUGCUCUUUUUUUCUUUAGUGCAGCUUUCCUGCAAUGCAAGUUUCUUGCUGUGUAUUUCAUGUUUUUUAUUAUCAUGACUCAGAAGUUUAAACCUGUACACAAAGUACUGCACUCACCUUCUUGUACGUGCGAUGUAACAUCAUACUCACAGUUUGGUGCUUUAAAAUGAUUCCUUUUUUUUCUUUAUUAAAGGAUAUUUAUUUGA